GAUGUGCAGAUUCAGGGGGCUGGGAAAAGGGAGUUCCUUUUCAUUGUACAGGAGAGUUGGGGAUUAAAAAGAGAAGACAGGAAAAGCCGGGGGGAGGAUUGGAACAAAGGGCCUCUGUGAGCUUCAGUGUGGAGAUGUUCAACCGUAAUCCCUACAGCAGCACGUUUUGUACACCAAGAUACACCUCUGUGUGUGGAUGCUGGGAUAUGUAGUCCUGUGUUAAAUAAACCACUGAAGAAAGGCUUUGCUAAGGUUAACGGCUAAAGAGCAAAUGGAAGCCCCCUGAAUCCCAGUUUUGGUAUCACCUUUCAAUAGACAGAGUGAAAGGGUGGGACACAAACAUCCGCACAGAUGAGGUGGUGUCAAAGUGAAGCAGCUUCUGAUGAAGUGACCUGCUGGGGCAGAAUGUGAACAACAAAGCACAAAGUGAUUUUCUUUGUGCCUGAAUAUUGUGCACCUUCACAAGAGGAUGCAGCUGAUGACACACAAACAGAUGAUAGGCUGAUGUGAGCAUAUAUUAACUAUCAAAAAUGGAUGGUGCAAAUGUUAGAAUACAUAUCUAUUUGCCCUCACUUUCGAUCCUGAUAACCCUCGGGCUCCUUUGCAUCUCAUCCAGAUGAACAAGUACUUGACUACUUUUGGAAGCUUGGGCUCAUAGUAGCUCCUGCUGCUGCUUGAAGGGUGGAGGUCCAUGCUGCGGAAAGGUGGGACACAUUUUCAGGGACCUCUAACACGGACCCCUUCAUGGCUAGCAUCAAGAUGAGGUGCACCCUACGAGUAUGGAUACUAAGUACCUCCAUCUUACUCUUUAUCAUGUCCCUGCUCUUUACAUACUCUCACAAUGGCACAGAUGGCCCAGCCUAUUUGGAGUUAACAGUUUGGGCAUCUGCUAAUGAGCACCCAGUAAGGCUUGUACCAGGCUACCCUGGAAUAAGACACCGACCCCCAUCUCCUCGGCUACCUAAAACUUGCUCGUGCAGACAAUGCUUGUGGCAACCUGGAUUCUCCACGUGGUUUGACAGUCACUAUGAUGCUUCCGUUUCCCCAGUGUGGACCUUGGAGAACAGAGAGCUGUCUCCGGAUGUCCAGCACUGGUGGGUGAUGUUGCAGCCACAGUUCAGAUCACAUAACACUCUAGAGAUCCUUGCUCAGUUGUUCCAAAUCAUCCCUGGUCAAAACCCCUACAAGCAGCAGGACCCCAUGACCUGUCGACGUUGUGCAGUUGUUGGCAACUCUGGUAAUUUGCGAGGCUCCGGCUAUGGAAAGGAUAUUGAUGGCUAUGAAUUUAUUAUGAGGAUAAACCAGGCCCCCACAGUGGGGUUUGAGAUGGAUGUGGGAUCCCGAACUACUCAUCACUUCAUGUACCCUGAAAGUGCCAAAAACCUGCCAGCCAAUGUCAGCUUUGUGCUUGUACCCUUUAAAUCACUAGAUUUGCUAUGGAUCACAAGUGCUCUGUCUACUGGACAAAUCCGUUUUACAUACGCACCCGUGAAGACCUUCCUGCGUGUUGACAAGGAGAAGGUUCAGAUAUAUAAUCCAGCUUUCUUCAAAUACAUCCAUGAUCGCUGGACGGAACAUCAUGGGCGAUAUCCUUCUACUGGCAUGUUGGUCCUUUUCUUUGCUCUCCAUGUCUGUGAUGAGGUGAAUGUUUUUGGCUUCGGAGCAGACAGUCAUGGGAACUGGCACCACUACUGGGAAAACAAUCGAUACGCAGGAGAAUUUCGCAAAACUGGGGUGCAUGAUGCAGAUUUUGAGGCCCACAUUAUUGACACUCUUGCUAGAGAGGGCAAAAUCAAGGUUUAUCGCAGCACAUGAGUUUCUGCUGCCUUAAAUUUGUCCCAUUUUUGUAAACUAACAAGGGGGUGGAGAAGCUCCUCAAACUCAUAAUCAAGAUUCCAUGCCCUGAUGGACACACUGAGCUUUGGUGACCUGGUGGGUUAGUCGUGGACAACAAGGUCUCAUUAUGUACUUUAAACAUUGUAGAAAAUUAUUGUAUUGUUGCUGCCAAAUUUUUCAAGAUGUAGCUUUAGGGAUGAAAUCAACUUGAAUCACGAGAUUCUAUGAUGUAAGGUGGCACAUUGGGCUGCUCUUAUUUAAUUUGUUGCCUCCCCUAAUGUAUUAGCACUUUGUGCAUAAAUCUCAUAGUAUUACAAUUUACGGCCUUACCAAAUCAUAUGCUUUUGCCUUAGAGUGCUGCUCUAUCUGGGUCAUUCAGGCUUUUAAGCCGCGAUCCUGUUUACCAAAAAAAAAAAAAAAAUCAAAUAUCUUUCUCAGUAAGUUUGUUAUAAAAUUCACAGUAAUGUGUUUAUUAUUCGAACAUCCAAAAAAUAAUCCAAAUCAUCAAUGAAACAAAUGUAAAAUUUGUAGCAAACCCUGAAAUUCUGGACUAAAUUGAUCACACUUUCACACCUAUAUCAUUUCCAAUACAAUGGAUGGAUAAACCUCUCUAAGGUUUUAUUGAAAUGCAGACAUGAAUUUGCUCUGGUUCAGUAACUCAUAGAACCAGUCGGCUUUUCCCUAUUGCUGGUAUCCUGCAUUUAGUAACCCAAGAACAAGUAACGGACGGCUGCUAUAGGUUGUGAGAAUAGUGCAAGAUAUGCUGCUUUACUUAAUAACUCCACCCUAAAACCUGUAAUCUGUACCCUCAUAUUGUGCAUGUUUCAAGAUGUCUACCAGCAUAAUACCCAUGUCCUUUGUUUACAAAUAGCAACAAUGCUCAUCCAUAAGGUUUUGUUGCAAAGCCAUGCCAAUAAGGUCGCACAGACAAAGUAAUAGUUUCUGCUGUUCUGCACAAACGUGGUCAAAUUGCAGACCAGAAUAGAUAAAGUAUGAAAUAGUUUGGGUGACAAUUACUCUGGAUAUGCCAGUAAAAAAAAAGGGAAAUCAUUUAGAACUUACAAACAUUUCAAGUUUCUCGGUCAUGUAGUUCAUUUAGUGUAAAACUUCAACUAGAAAUGUUCAUACUAUUUUGUCUUCAAUGAAAAUACAAUGCAAUCCAUACUAUAUGCUCAUGUUACUGUUGGUGCAGGGUGUAGGCUUGACAAUGGAAGCUGAUAGAAUACGUGACCACUUCUUGCCAUGGAACCAUAACCAAGAUGGAUGCUUGGGAAACAUACUGUGCAGUACUGUCUUAUACUGACGUUGAAAACAAUUAGGGACUAUUUACAACUAUGGUAACUGUCCAGUAAAGAAAUACCUGUA